UCUUGGGUGGUCGACUAUCAUCACACUCCCCACAGCAUUUCAAUCUUAUUAUCUUAUUAUACAAGCACAUCACUCCAUAGCCUCACUGCUGCUGGAUGCGUAUACCUGUCCUCUAGGGAAUAGAGUUCCCAUUUCCUUCCCUCAGUUCCCCCCGAACAAUCUUUGAUUUCUGCUUUGUUCCUACCACUACACACUUGUUGCUCCUCCUACGUAACAUUUUGGAGCUAGCCACGAGCAUACAUCCCACCUCACCUCCGAAUCCUCUCCGCAAUCCUCUUCUACUUCCACAACCACACAUUCUCUCUUCCUCUUCUCCACUUCCCCAAAAUCACACACUCACAAUGGCUCCUCCAGGCCGACGGAGAGGCGCCAUGUCCCCUCUAACAAUUCUUCUCGGCCUCAUCUUCCUCUUCUCCUCCACCGCCUCCGCCGCUUCAGCAGUCCUCGGAGUCGAUCUCGGAACAGAAUAUAUCAAAGCCGUUCUCGUAAAGCCAGGAAUCCCCCUCGAAAUCGUCCUAACCAAGGACUCCAAGCGAAAGGAGACCAGCGCCGUCGCAUUCAAGCCCUCCAAGAGCGGUGCUCUUGCCUCGGGCUCCUUCCCCGAGCGAUUCUACGGCAGCGAUGCGGUCGCCCUCGCGGCGCGAUUCCCCAGCAAUGUAUACCCGAACCUGAAGCAGCUCCUGGGCGUCAAGGCCGACGACACGGCUGUUGGCCUGUUCUCUGAGAGAUACCCUGCGCUGCAGGUCACCGGCACCGAGGGCAGGACGACGGUCAGCUUGAACAGUGGCAUCUUCGCCGAGGGCGAGGGCUCCUUCUCCGUGGAGGAAUUGCUCGCCAUGGAGCUCCAGAACCUUAAGGAAAAUGCGCUCGCUCUCGCGGGCAAGGAUUCGACCGUCCGGGACGUCGUCUUCACGGUCCCGCCGUUCUUCACUGUCGAGGAGAGGCGCGCUCUUGAGGUUUCGGCCAAGCUUGCGGGCUUGAAUGUCCUCAAUGUGGUCACUGAUGGUCUGGCGGUCGGUAUCAACUAUGCGACCAGCAGGACCUUCCCCGUCGUCACAGACGGUGGAAAGCCAGAGAUCCAUUUGGUCUUCGACAUGGGUGCUGGCUCCGCCUCUGCUACCGUUCUCAAGUUCCAGGGCAAGCAGGUCAAGGAUGUUGGACGUUUCAACAAGACUAUCCAGGAGAUUCAGGUCCUCGGCACUGGCUGGGACAGGACUCUUGGUGGCGACGCAUUGAACCAGCUUAUUGUGAACGAUAUGGUGGAGAGCUUCGUGGCAUCCCCGGCUGCGAAGAGCGCAUCGGUCACUACUGAGCAGGUCAAGGCUCAUGGUCGUGCCGCUUCGAAGCUCUGGAAGGACGCGGAGAAGUUGCGCCAGGUCCUGAGUGCCAACACCGAGACUCACGCAUUCUUCGAGGGCCUCUACGAUGAUGUUGAUUUCCGCUACAAGGCCACCCGGGCAAGAUUCGAGGAACUUGCUGCAGAGCACGCUGCCAGAGUCGACGGCCCCAUCAACCGUGCUCUUGAGGCCGCUGGACUUACCGUUGCCGACAUUGACUCUUUCAUCGUCCACGGUGGCGCUACUCGCACUCCUUUCGUCCAGAGCCGCCUCGAGGCAAUUGCUGGAAAGUCCAAGAUCAGGGCCAACGUCAACUCAGACGAGGCUGCUGUGUUCGGAGCUGCCUUCAAGGCCGCUGGUCUCAGCCCAUCGUUCCGUGUCAAGGAGAUCCGUGACCAGGACACUCAGGGCUACACCCACGGAAUUCAAUACCAAUUCAAUCUCAAGGACCGCGAUCAGAAGAUCUUCACCCCUUUGACCAAGAUCGGCGCCACCAAGGACAUUCCAUUCCAGAUGAUGGGCGAGUUUGAGUUCACCAUGUACCAGGCUGUUCCUGGAGCUGGCGACUCUGUCACCAAGGAGCCUGUCUUGCACUUCAAGAGCGGCAACCUUACCCGCGCUGUCACCAAGAUGAUCGACACCGACGGCUGUGACAGGGACAGCUUCAACAACUACGUUCAGGUCCGUCUGAGCCCCAUCACCGGCACGCCCGAGGUCACUUCCGCUUGGGUCACUUGCGUUGCGGAAGUUGAGGAAUCCAAGGGUGGCAUCGUCGAUGGCAUCAAGGGCUUCUUUGGCGGUGGUAAGAAGGAGCAGGAGCCUAUUAAGGAGGGUGAGAGCGCUUCGGAAUCCUCUUCGUCCUCAACGGCGUCUGGUUCAUCGAGCGCAGCCGAUGCUGAGCCUUCUGAGGCAGCAAAGGGCGGCAAGAAGAAGACUGAGAUCAAGUCGGCCAUCACAUACCAGGUCACUCAGCAAGGCUAUGAGAAGCACCCCCGAAAGGAGAUGAAGAGAAUGCAGGAUAGACUCGAGGCUUUUGACAAGUCUGACCGUUCCCGUCGCACCCGUGAAGAGGUUCUCAACUCCCUUGAGGCCUUUACAUACCGUGCACGUGACUACCUCGAGGACGAGUCCUUCAUCGCCGCAUCCACCGCAUCGAUCCGCUCUCAGCUCGAGGAGAAGCUCAGCGCUGCCUCUGACUGGAUCUACUCUGAGGGUGCGGAUGCUGCAGAGGAUGUUCUCAGUGCCCGUCUCAAGGAGUUGAAGGAUCUCGUCGACCCUGUUCUCGCUCGUCAGAACGAAGCCGAGAGCCGUCCCGGCGCCAUCAAAGAGCUCAAGGAAGGUCUCGCCGGCUUGGAGAGUGUCAUUCCCAUGGUUAAGGAGUCUAUCGAGAGCGCAUCCAAGGCCGCCGAAGAGGCUUCCAAAUCCGCCGCUGAGGCUUCUGCCUCUGCCGCAGCAGCCAGUGCUGCGGCAUCUGAGACACCAUCUCCUGACCCUCUCGCCGAGCUUGAGGAUGAUGAUCUUCUCAAGUCCUCAUCUGCGUCUUCUACCACCGAGGAGCCCGUUUUCCCUACUGCCAUCAACAUCUACACCGAACAAGACGUGACCAUCCUCGAGGAAACUGUAUCAAAAGCUAAAGCCUGGAUCCUGGAGAAGGAGACUGCGCAAUCGAAAUUGGGCGCAUCAGACGACGCCGCGGUCAGCAUCCAGGAACUCAAGGAGCAGACAAAGAAGCUCAACGACGUUGUUAUGCAGAUGAUGACCAAGAAGUUCAACGCCAUGAACCAGCAGCAGAAGCCCAAGAAGCCUAAGGCCUCCAAACCCAAGAAGUCCAAGAAGUCCAAGAAGGCUGCUAAGGACGAGAAGAAGAAGAAGGCCGCCGAGGCAGAGAAGCCCGCGAAGGAGCCAACGGAGGAGGAGCUACAAGAAGCUCUCGAGAAGGCGGGCAUCAAGGGUGAGGGAGUCAAGUUCAAGAACCUGGGCGACAAGUUCAAGAAGAACAUUGAGUCCGAAGAUGGCCGGAUCCUGACCCGUCUCGACCUCGGUGAGGACGCCACUGAGGAGGAGAUCCUCGCAGCGUUGAAUGCCGCUACCCAGGAGAAGGACAAGGAUGCUGAGGCCAAGCACGACGAACUAUAGAGUCGUGAAGGAGACGAUGAACGAAUAGAAAAACGGAAAUGUGUAUAUGAGACCCCCACUUACCUGUACCCUUCAAAUCUUCAGCCAACAACAAUUGUAUGUUCAAAAAUUCUCAAAAUGCGAUCUUCGUAGCAAGUCAUCAGUACGACGAAGAGAAAUGCCAUUCAUCUGAAACCCUAAGGAUACUCCAAUAGAAUCUUACCUACAUAGCUAUAGCUAUAUAUGUUAAAUGAACAACAUCGUUCUCUC